CGGGCGGGAGCGGGCUGAGUCUCCGGCCGCAGUCCCGGGACGCGUUGGUUUUUCGGUUUUUGGUCGCUGUGGCCGAGAGGCCUGCGGUCGGGCUGAGACGUGGGAGCAAUGGCGACCUUUGUGAGCGAGCUGGAGGCGGCUAAGAAGAACCUGAGCGAGGCCCUGGGAGACAACGUGAAACAAUACUGGGCCAACUUGAAGUUGUGGUUCAAACAGAAGAUCAGCAAAGAAGAGUUUGACCUUGAAGCUCAUAGACUUCUCACGCAGGAUAAUGUCCAUUCUCACAACGAUUUCCUCCUGGCUAUUCUCACGCGGUGUCAGAUUUUGGUGUCCACACCAGAGGGUGCUGGAUCUUUGCCCUGGACCGGGGGGUCUGCAGCCAAACCAGGAAAACCAAAGGGAAAGAAAAAGCUUUCUUCUGUUCGUCAGAAAUUUGAUCAUAGAUUCCAGCCUCAAAAUCCCCUCUCGGGAGCCCAGCAGUUUGUGGCAAAGGACCCCCAAGAUGACGAUGACUUGAAACUUUGCUCCCACACCAUGAUGCUUCCCACUCGGGGCCAGCUCGAAGGGAGGAUGAUAGUGACCGCGUACGAGCACGGUCUGGACAACGUCACCGAGGAGGCGGUGUCCGCCGUGGUCUACGCCGUGGAGAAUCACCUUAAAGAUAUACUGGCAUCAGUUGUGUCGAGAAGGAAAGCUUACCGGUUACGCGAUGGUCAUUUUAAAUAUGCGUUUGGUAGUAACGUGACCCCACAGCCGUACCUGAAGAACAGCGUCGUGGCUUACAACAGCUUGAUAGAAAGCCCUCCAGCCUUUUCUGGUCCCUGUGCUGGCCAGAACCCAGCUUGCCACCCACCGCCCGACGACGCGGAGCAGCAGGCUGCGCUCCUGCUGGCCUGCUCUGGGGACACCCUCCCGGCGUCUUUGCCGCCAGUGAACAUGUACGACCUGUUUGAAGCUUUGCAGGUGCACAGGGAAGCCAUCCCCACGCAUACUGUGUACGCUCUCAACAUCGAGAGGAUCAUCACGAAGCUCUGGCACCCAAACCACGAGGAGCUGCAGCAGGACCAGGUCCACCGCCAGCGCCUGGCCGCCACCGAGGGGCUUCUGCUCUGCUGAGCCCGGCGAGGGGGUGCAUGGCCCUCAGCACGUGGAUGGAUCGUUAGAGAACGGAAUGCUUCCUGGGUCCACACUUUGAGACUGAAGUGUAUAGUGUAAAUAUAACCUUUCCUAUGGAAAUGUGACAUGGAGUACCUUUUGUGUUGCUACUGUGAAGCCAUUAAUACAAGUCUGAUUUUGACAGUGACCCCUAUGUGUGUAUGUGUGUGUGUUCCCAUUACGGGAGCAGAGGCGGCACUGAUGAAAUCCUGGGCCUGGAAUGGAGGUGUUUAGGCCCCGGAGGUUUAGCGUCGUAUGGCUGCCUGUAGGCGACCGACCUCCUAGAACUGUUGUAACUUAGUCCCCCACAUAACUUAGUCAGCAGUAUGUCAUCUGUGUGUUCAGUGCCACCAUCUGUUCUGUACCUGACACGUCUAAAAUGUCUGCCUUUCUCCUGAAGAACCGUGUGCCCUUGCAUUUUGAAGUAACCUACACAGUGUUCAAAGUCAGACCCCUCCUUUAGUGGUCAGUUUAAUUUUUAACAGCUAUAGGUAGCUCCCUAAAAAUGCAUCACAACUCCAUAGAAAACAUGACUUAGAAAUGCUGUGCUGAAAGACAAAAUAAAGUGUUUUGCAUUAAAAAA